AUGCCAAAGGUUCUAAUUGUAGGCUCCGGAGGCGUCGGAGCCAUGGCCGCUCUCUCACUCUCCCUUAAUAACAAGUGCGACGUCACCUUGGUGGUUCGCUCCGACUACGACGUUGUGUCAAGCUCUGGCUACACCAUCAACUCAGUCACCUAUGGUGACUUUACAGCAUGGAAACCACACAAUAUCGUCCGCUCCGUCGCUGACGCUGCUGCAAACGGUCCAUACGAUUACGUCGUACUCACCACUAAGAACAUCCCCGAUGGUCGCAUGACUUGCGAGGAGAUCAUCCAGCCAGCAGUCACUGAUGGGCUCACCACCAUAGUGUUGAUCCAGAACGGAAUCGACAUCGAAAAGCCCAUGAUCAAGCAGUUCCCGCACUGUGUGAUUCUUUCCGGCGUGUCCCUCAUUGGCUCUGCCAACGUCAAUUGUGUGGUCAAGAACUCCCACAAGGACAUCAUCUUCCUCGCACCUUUUGACAACCCCAACAUGGACACGCAAUUGGCUCAGGAAAAGACUCGCCAAUUCGCUGAACUUUAUCAAAACGCUAACAAAGACAUCAACACCGUCGUGAUUGAAGAAAGUGCAGGUCGGUCUCGAUGGGAAAAAUUGGUCAACAACUCGGUGUUCAACCCGGUGACUGCCAUCACAGGUUUAGAUAUCAAUCGGUGCCAGAUCAACGACGCAAACAACGGCCUUUUCAGACCUGCCAUGGACGAGGUAUAUGCCAUUGCCGCCAGCGAGGGUGUUACAAUUGAUCCAGCAGCUAGAGACAAAUUUCUCCAUGUUGCAGAUGGGUCAUUUUUCAAGUCGUCCAUGUUGGUAGACUUGAACAAGUCACAAUUGAUGGAGCUGGAAGUGAUUUUGGGCAAUCCGCUCCGAAUCGCCGCACGCAAUGGAGUGGCCACCCCGAUUCUUUCUACAUUGUAUGAGAUGUUGAAGAUGGCGCAAUUCCGUACGAAAGAGAAGAUUGGCAUGGUGAAAGUAACUGAGAGCAGAUACGUGGGGCGCAAUAGUGAUGACUACGAGGAGAUUUUCGCAGCCGAGAACACCGACAGAGAAAAUCUAUGA